AAUUCCUUCCGUGCUCACGAAGCAAUUCUCUUCUUUCUUGGAGGUGUGUGGGGGCAGACUGACAAUCAUAUGAAGGCGUCGAUCUUCUCUUCUUCUCUUCCUUCACCACUCCCUCCCUUAUUUUCCCAUCAUCUCCUCGGUCUUUUCCAGCCCGCGUCUUUUCCUCUCUCCCCACCUGUCUCUUUUCCUUUCUCCACCUCCGCCAGACAACAUGUACGGCAACACCUUGACCCUCGUCCUCGCCGCCGUUGGAAUGGCGCGCGCCAUGCCCAUGCCCCAGGCAACACCUGCACCUUCCGUCAAGCCUGCUGGCCCCCCUGGCAUCCGGCCUGAAUUUGCAAUCACCGAUGGCAAGAUCUCGGCCGGCCUGUCCAUCGGCUAUGUCGGUCUGAUGAAUGGGCCGGGCAAUUCGGAAUCAGGUCUCUUGAGCCUCGGUGGAGACUUGAACACGGCCAACUUGAUCGAAGGCGGCAUCGAGGAGGCCGACACCGAGUCCAUCGAGGGACCCCUUUUCACGCUCGUCGAUGGUGGUAUCGGCAACGGACCGGUCGAUGUUUCGGGGACUAUUAACCCCACCGGCGUUGCAGUCUCCGGUUUGGUCGGAGCCGUGACCGGAGCGUUCCUCGGACAGCCAUACACCGUCAUUGGUGGUUUUCAUACCAUCGGCGGCUCUCUCGGUCCCGCUGGCCCGGAGGGCACCGCUGUCCCGUACGGUGAAGCCGACUACGGGUCCAUUGCUGGGGCAAGUGGCUCCAUUGAUGGAGGUGCUGGUGCUACCCACAUCGGGGGCUAUGCCAGCGGUGCUGGUCACCUGGGCCAGGCCACGGCUCGGGGAAGCGCUUCGCUGGCUUUGCUACCAACGCCCACUGCCGGAGUAGCGGGUGUUGGGGAGCUUCCCUUUGCUAACUUCACCGCCAUCAGCAUUAAUCUUCCUCCGCGGUCCAUUGCUUGAAAAAGACGAAAGGCCAGGUGGUCGUCUGUCGCCAGCGUAAAAGUUUUCCUUGCUUGAGCCUUUCCUUGCUCCUUUUAAUU